AUGCAAAUCAAUGGCAGCCAAGAAACAGAGUGAAAGAGAAGAGAGAAAGCGACGCCAAACUUUGUUUGCAAGGUCGUGUUUGUUAAGAAGAGAAAAAAAAAGCUUCUAUUCAAUUCAUACUCGGAAAAAUUCAUUAACUCCUCCGUUCCUUUGGAAAUGGAAAACCAAAUGAUUGAUAGUGCUCAGACUGCCAAAUUCUCUGCUCUCAACUGCAUCGAUCUUUCAUCCCCAGAUAUCCACCACUCUGUCUCUCUGCUCAAACAGGCGUGUUUGGAUUGCGGGUUUUUCUACGUGGUGAACCAUGGAAUAAGCCAGGAAUUCAUGGACAAUGUGUUUGCACAGAGCAAGAGGUUUUUCAAUCUGCCAGAAAGCGAAAAAAUGAAGAUUUUGAGGAACGAGAAGCACAGGGGUUACACCCCUGUUCUUGAUGAGCAUCUGGAUCCUGAAAACCAAGUUCACGGAGAUUACAAGGAGGGGUAUUACAUAGGCGUUGAGGUUCCUAAAGAUGAGAUAGAAGCAGAAAAGCCAUUCUAUGGACCAAAUGUUUGGCCUGAGCCAGAUACAUUGCCUGGGUGGAGGGAGACGAUGGAGAAAUUUCAUCAAGAGGCAUUGCAGGUAGCUAGAGCUGUUGCAAGGAUCAUAGCUCUUGCUCUUGAUUUGGACAUUGAUUUCUUUGAUAAACCUGAAAUGCUAGGCGAGCCUAUUGCAACGUUACGAUUGCUUCACUAUGGAGUUUCUGGUAUAGGUCACACUUCUGAUCCUUCAAAAGGAUUAUUUGGAGCUGGAGCUCAUUCUGACUAUGGUUUGAUAACUCUAUUGGCAACAGAUGAGGUGUUAGGUCUCCAAAUAUGCAAAGAUAAGGAUGCCAAACCUCAAAAGUGGGAAUAUGUAUCACCAUUAAAAGGAGCAUUUAUUGUGAAUCUCGGUGAUAUGCUGGAGCGUUGGAGCAACUGUAUUUUCAAGUCCACAUUGCACAGAGUUUUGGGGAAUGGUCAAGAGAGAUAUUCUAUUGCUUACUUUGUGGAACCUAGUCAUGAAUGUCUCGUUGAGUGCUUGCCUACCUGCAAAUCAGAAAAAAAUCCUCCCAAGUUUCCUCCUAUCUUAUGUCGGGAUUACCUGAGUCAACGCUACAUGGAUACACAUGCUGAUCUGAAUACGUACAGCAAACAUUAACAUAAAUGGCUCAUCUCAAAUUUGCAUUUGGAGAUGAAUACACUUCGAAGAGAGCAGGAACCAAUAAAAGAAGCUCUACCAUGUUCAGACAAAGAUAGCUGAUAAAAAUAUAACAACAGGUAGUUGUAAUUGUACAAGUUUUCAGGUAUAGGGUGUAUUACAUAUUUCAUAUGUUUAGAAAGUUUUCAGAAGUUUCAACUUCAUUCACUAGCACGUUGAAACAAAAGUUGUACUGUUCCUUUUUAUAGUAAUAUAGAGUUUGUGGCUCUGCAAAAGUGUAGAUGUGUAACAACUUGGCAAUUUUAAUAAAUUUUGUUGAAGAACAUAUUUUACAAA